UUAAGUAGGAAGGUGUAUGUGUGUGUGUGUGUGUGUAUGUGAAAUGUGUUGUUGAUGCGGAGACUGAAUCGGCACAUAUCUGACAGUAGGAACGGGGUCAGCGGUGAAAAAGAAGGACAUAUUGCAGUCACUUCGUCCCCCUGGUGACUCCUAUGUCUGUCAGCGUGGUGGGUCCAACCCAGAAAAUCCGUCGUUUUACAAUGGGUUGUGGGAGAUCGGCUGAACUCGGAGAAUCCUCUUGCAGCUGUUUAGAGAGCCGGGGAUAGGACCAAGACGUUGUGUUGAACCAAUGAGGGUGGCCUCCUCUCUUUUGUCCUCUGUUUUCGGCCGGGUGUCUGGCAGCCAAGCUGUGCACAGUGCGUAAAUGCGCUCGGAGCAGGCAGACCGAGCUCCGAACAAAUGCUUAAAUCUUGUCUUUUUCUGACACAGUGGUAGUUAAUCGAUUUCUUCAUAGUUCCGCUGAGCGGAUGGAGUGAAUUGUGCAGACGGGGGGAGAGACAGACCGCAGUUUGGUUGCGUGUGAUGAUAGGAGACACAAUGACGCUCUUGUCUCUUUUGGGUCGGAUCAUGCGUUAUUUUCUCCUCAGGCCGGAGACAUUGUUUCUGUUAUGCAUAAGCCUGGCGCUGUGGAGUUAUUUCUUCCACACGGACGAAGUCAAAACCAUCGUCAAGUCCAGCCGGGAUGCGGUGAAGAUGGUGAAGGGGAAAGUGGCGGAGAUGAUGCAGAAUGACCGGCUGGGAGGCCUCAGUGUCCUGGAUGCAGAGUUCUCCAAAACCUGGGAGUUCAAGAAUAACAACGUAGCCGUGUACUCCAUACAAGGGAGGAGAGACCACAUGGAGGAUCGCUUCGAGGUGCUCACCGACAUCACCAACAAGAGCCACCCGUCCAUAUUCGGGAUAUUUGAUGGUCAUGGUGGCGAGGCUGCAGCUGACUAUGUGAAGGCCCACCUGCCCGAGUCCCUGAAGCAGCAGCUGCAGGCCUUUGAGAGAGAGAAAAGAGAGAGCGCUCUCUCGUACGCCAGCAUUCUCGAGCAGCGCAUCCUGGCUGUGGAUCGUGACAUGCUGGACAAGCUCUCUGCAAACCACGAUGAAGCAGGAACGACAUGUCUGAUGGCGCUGCUGUCAGAUAGAGAGCUCACAGUGGCCAACGUUGGAGACUCGCGUGGUGUGUUGUGUGACAAAGAUGGGAAUGCUGUCGCCCUAUCACAUGACCACAAGCCGUAUCAGCUUAAAGAGCGCAAGAGAAUCAAGAGGGCAGGAGGCUUCAUCAGUUUUAAUGGAUCGUGGAGAGUCCAGGGAAUCCUUGCUAUGUCCCGCUCCCUCGGGGAUUACCCACUGAAGAACCUUAACGUAGUCAUUCCCGACCCCGACAUAAUGACCUUUGACCUGGACAAACUGCAGCCAGAGUUCAUGAUCCUGGCCUCUGAUGGCCUGUGGGAUGCCUUCAGUAACGAGGAGGCAGUGCGCUUUGUCCGCGAGCGCCUGGACGAGCCUCACUUUGGUGCCAAGAGCAUCGUCCUACAGUCUUUCUAUCGUGGCUGCCCUGAUAACAUCACCGUCAUGGUAGUGAAGUUUAAAAGUGGAGCAGGGGGGAACAGCAAGGCAGGGGAGUAGGUGAGGGUCGAGUUUAAAGCUUGCGUCAUGAUCAGUAUAUUUUUCUUCCCAUCUUCUGGAUGUAUCAGUAAGUACAUCAUCACGGAAGGACUGGGAGAAGUAUAGAUUUCGACUGGGCUUUUAACUAAUGCACACACAUACAGAGAAAUGUACACACACACAUGCAAUGAUAUGAGAAAAUGAAGCUCAAUUUAAUUUGACCUGAUGGGGAAAAGGGGCAUUUAAAUUCAAUACAGUUCACAGCCAUCUGCUAAACGGAUGAGGAAUUGAUUAAAAUAUUGAAGUACAGUACCAAGACUACCAGACACAGGGGAGGGGGGUGGGGUCUUUUAACCAGCACACAUUAGACUGUGAUGACAUCACUGCUGUUUACUGUACAUGCACACGCACACGAAUGGUACAGGUCCACUGGAGGCUUCUUCAGAGAAGGCUUCAACCAGUGCCUGCACAACAAUUACUGUCCAUCUGCAAAAACACCACCCGGCUUUCUGCAUUUUGAUGAUUCUCUGAUUGUAUGCAUUUGUUAGACUUUCCAACAGGAAUAAUAAUUUCUCAAAUGUAAGAAGACUCCAGUGGAUCCAUACCUCUACUUAAUUUCUGAUGACAAUACACACAUAUGACUUUUGAGUAUUAAGCACCUAUUUUGUGGCUUGAGGAGUGACGGUAAAAGCUUUGGGAGAUUUAUUGUUUUUGCAUUUAUUUAAAAUUCAUGCUCAGUACAGCAGAUUUUAAAACUAAGCAGUCACAUAAAGAGAAGGGGGUAGAAGGUAAGCAGUGACAAGGGCUCGUGGCUUAUUGAGCUGAAAAUUUUCUUUUUAGGUGACGCACAUUUUAAACAUCUUUAAAUUAAAUAUCUUUUUUUAAAGUGAUGCUGGAAGUCAAUUUUGGAGUAUCUGAUAAUUCAUUGACCAAAUAAAUGCUAAAUAAGCCUUUUUUUUAAUAUUGCACACCAAUUUAAUCAACUUAGAAUAGGCAUAAGGUGAUCUGAAUGUCCAUAAUUUUUUCAAAAUGUGUUUUAAUGUUGAGGGUCAGUUGUUUCAUUGCAUUAAAAUUGACAAAAAAAAAAUUCGUUCUGGUUCUUAUCCUUCAAGAUCUCCAAUAGAGUGGACUCAGAUGUUUCUUCAGCUAUUUGAACAUUUACAUCUUGUUCCCAGACAUGGAUUAAGCAUGAUCCUAAACCAUAAACUUUAAUCACUGUUGAUCUUCAUUUAAUUUUUCUUUUAGUCUGGGGCUUGUUUCAAUCCACACCUGGGAAACCUGGUGUUAUUUUCUUCACCUCUGAAGAAUCCUUAAUCAACAUUACCCUAACCGAGUGACUAUAAAGGCUGAAACGUAACAUUUUGAAAGUCUGUAGAAGGUGUGUGAUACUCAAAAGUGAAAUUUGUGUGUGGAAUGUGACUUUAACUACAACACACACAUACACUACAUGAGCCACAAUCUUAUAACCACCUAUCAAAUAUUGUGUGGAUCCUCCUUGCCAAACACCUCUGAUCCAUCAGAGUGUAUUCACUGGAAUUCUGAGAGGUUGGUGUGUGGGACAGGGAUGUUGGCACUGGAUGCUUUGGCUCAUGUGGGUUUCACGGUGGUGGCUCUAAUCUGAUGCCCAGUUGGCUCUCGAUUUUGGGGUCCCUGGAGUUAUUCGUAGGCAGUUUUAUAUAGUGGUUGAAAGUGCGUUGCCUUGCUGGGAGAGGCCAUUCUUGGUCUGCAGCAGUGUUUUAAGUGGGUGAGAUGUCAUCAAGGUUACUUGCUCCACUUGUCAGUGGUUUAAAUGUUGUGGCUUAUACAUGUAACUUCCACAGAAAUACAUAUGGUUCUAAAAAAAAAAAAGCACUUUUCAGAUGUUUAUUUUUUUGGAAUGGUAAAUUCUUACAUAUCAGCAAACGUAAACACUGUUUACCCUCAGCAACGCAAGCGGGUUUCACUCUACGUCGAGCCCGACACUCACCUGUUUGCGAGGCUACGGAGGAAACGCAAACUGUUCCAUUCAAGUGGACUUACACUGUCUGUAUCAGGGCAUGUGCUUCAGCUUAACCAUGUUCACGAACGAAUGACCUAACGGCGUGCAGCAACGGACACUGGUGGCUGUCUUCGACCUGCGAAGCACACGAAGCGAGGAGGUGCAACGGACACACCUCGACCACGAAAGACUAAAAGACUAAACGAUGUCGCAUCACGAACUGUACAGCUGCAGCCAGAAUGCUUGUGAUUAGAAAUACAAUAUGCUCCCGAAGCAAUACAACUGGUGUCAAUGACGCAGUCUGUCAAGGAAAGUUACCGUAAACCGUGCUUGAUUUACUGCUGUUUUAAAUUCACCUUUUACCACUGUGUAUCAUGACUUCAUCAGUCGAGAGAGGGGAGUUUUGUUCCUUUUGUUUUCUUUCUUUUAUUUUAACAGUUUACCCAAUGCCUUAUUUAUUGUUAUGUUUUUUGGAUGUCUCAGGCAGAUUGCCAAACCAGUAUGAUGUAUUUUCAGUUUUGUCCUUCUGUACAUGAGCAGAAGUUUACAAUAAAACAAAUACCCGUGAUUUUAACGU